AGCGCCAUCUGCGAUGACGUUUUUAUAUAGCGCCGCGAUAUUUUGAAAAUGGGUCGGAAACGAAACUCAAGAGAGGAAUUGUCGGGAGGAAAUGAACUUAAUGAAGAGGGCUCUGGUGAUACCAAUGCUGACGAUGCAUUCCUAAUAAUGGACAGUGAAGGAGAGGAUGACAUCCCAAACACACAACCAGCCGAUGAUAGGGUGCUCAAAGAUGUCGUUGCAUAUGUUGAGGUUAGAACCAAGACAGAGAACCGGUCCAAAGGAGUGUCAAAGCAGCUGGAGCUCUUGGGAGCUAAGGUGGAGAAAAAGUUCACCAAUGAUGUCACUCAUGUGGUAUGGAAAGAUGGGAAGAAGUCGACACGAGACAGAGCAGUCAAGAAGGGCAUCCGGCUUGUGUCUGUCCUAUGGGUUGACAGUUGUAAGCAGAAUCAGGAACAUGUGGCGGAGUCUCUCUUUCCUGUUUCAGCCCCUGAUGAUAAAGAUGUUAUUCAGAUCGGCAAGUUGAAGAGGAUGAAAUCCAUGCAGCCCAAGGGGGUUGAGGAGGACAUUCAGAGGAGUGCUGGGAGGGGAACAAGGAAGAGGCGGGCCAGGAUACUCCACCCGUCCCCAGCCCCUCUAACCGCCAUCAAUCCAGCAAUCCUGGUGGCAGAAACACAGCCAAUGUCACCACCAGUGAGUAUUGAUUUACCCCUUCAUACAGAUUUGGCUUUAGAGAUCAUUUUUCUCUUUGAGGGUUGGGGAUUGUCAGAGAUGAUAAGAAGUGUUUACCUUGAAAGGGUCCUCAUUUACGAGCUCAAGUCGCUCUUUAGAGGUCCCAGCCUAUUAUGUAUUUUGUAUUUAAUGAUUUGUGCUCAACUGUUUAUGAUGCCAAGUAAACUGAAUUAAAUUGAACUGAAAUUUAAGUAUACUAUGGCUACCAAGUACCUGAAAAUAACUUAAAGAUAAGAAAGAAACAACAACAACGAACAAAUCUGUGACACUACCAACUAUGGCAACACUAUCCCUGUCACAGCACUAAUGUCCUGAAGGAAAACUUUAAUCUGUGUUUGCCACACUCCACCCAGGUGAGGUAAAUGGAUUGCUGCUAUUGUUAU